AUGUCUAAGCGACCAUCUAGCACCCAAGAACACGUCAGGGGACCUCGCAAACGCAGUAAAAUAUCUCAGGAAAAAUCAAAGGCCGUGUCUUUUGUGGAUCUUGAAGCAGAGGUCGCCUCAGAGGACGAAGACGAUGAAGAAGAGAAUGAAGAUGUCUCAGACAACAUCGUGGACAAUGAGUCCAAUGACAAUGCCGUGCAUACUUCGUCUCCUUUGAAGGAUGUUGGUGCUUGGGACAUCUUUUGGGAACACCUAACGACAGACAUGUCCUUUGAGGACAUGCUGAACAAAUUACGCACUUAUCUCGGCGUCAGAUAUCGUGAAGAAGAUUGGAAGGAGGUGGUGGACUCUUUAUUCAGUGGGGACGGCAAUAUCGAUAUCGCAUUAGAUAACCUUGUGGGCAUCAAAGCACGCUACAUUCCCGUUCUAUCGGACAGAACCUCGGUCAGCCCCUUGUCAAGUUGUCCCGUAAAUAGUUUUAUGAAAGUGGUUGAAGACAUCGAUAAGCGGUUCGGCCAAGGGGCUGUGAGGCCACCACAUAUCAUCUUGGAUGAUCGAGAAUGCGAUGAUCGACAAUUGAUUGCGCCUAGAAAGCCAGGUGAAUGGCUUGUAACAGUACCUGCAUCAAAGACAUCAUUUCUUGCAGCGUCCAUCCAAGCAUUUGGCUUACAAACUUACACUCAUCCAACACUCCCCGGACAUUUGUAUGUCACCGCACCCAAUUCCCUCAUCAUCCAGGCAGCCUUUCCACUUUCCCAUGCUGAUUGCCUUCUCUGGUGCACAUUCAUUUCUGAUGAUCCGACUCGGCCCACCACCAUGGCCCUUCCUGGAUGGUAUUGCAUGACCCAUGGAGCAUACAAUCGUGAUAUAGCAUAUGGGCUAUCAUAUGACAACUCAAUGAAGACGGUCAAGUUAUUAGUAGCAUCCAGACGACUAGGCAAUCCGAGGGAUAUUGGGAAGCUCAGACAGGAGCGUCGCCUCCUUGAGCACCCCGCCGGUGUUGAUCAAUACAGCUACCGAGGUCAAACAUACAUCCAUGGCCUCAUGUGCGUUGAGCGGCAUCUUAUGGAUGUCAUCAGAAUAUCCCUCCCUACCGCGCAGGACAUUGCCCUCCACAAGGAGUCGAGGUGCAACCCAGAAUUCGUCUCUGUCACCAUGCAUAUCUAUUCCGCUCAGCACUGGAUAGAAGGUGACGAGGUGCGGGUCAUCUCUGGGACUAUGGCAGGGACCUGGGGCAACAUACUGACUGUGAAGAUCGAUGAUGGCACGGCAUUGGUGGACCUGGCCUAUGUCCCAGGGUCAAACAGCGAACUUAUCAAUAUAGAUGUACCAGUCUCAUUUCCUAUCACAGACCUGCAGAGACGUAUUCGCUCAGGGUAUCAUGUCCGUGUCUUGAAUACAAGUGCAGAGAAAUCGGAGUAUAAGGGCAAGGAAGGAAUAGUUCUUGAAGUUGUCGGUGAUACCCUCGUUGUCCUGGAUUCGGAUACAAAAUCUGAGUUCGUUGUAUCAAGGAACUCUGUCCAGACCAACAUCGUCAAUCAUGGGUUAUCCACUUCCUUCAGUACCAUCGCGCAAACAUCGACUGCACUUCCUGACGAUCUCAAACUGAUGAGAGGGAAAGUAAUAGCUGUCGAUGCUGCAUCGAAUCAGUUGACUUUCCUCGUCUCGGGCACACUAAACACCUGUCUGACAGUGCCAGUUCCCUGGAUCAGUGUGUCUCCUAAUCUAUCUGCCCUGCGAUUUUCCCCAGCGCACGGAUAUGAUGUGGCAGCCGGGGAUAUCAUACGAGUUGUAAGGGGGGCAGCAUGGAACCUGUCGGGCACUGUCCUUGAUGUUGACCUAAGCAACAAUACCUUGACAUUCCAAGGUCCCUUCGCAAAGAUCACAAUUCCUAUCACUCAUGCCACCAGAACCAGCUCGGCAGUGGAGCACGACCCCAUGAAAAGCUUCAUUGGCAAGCAAAACACUGCGCUCUCUCGCACACGAUACCUGUCAAGUCGACCUCUUCCAAGGUCAAAGGCAACAACUUCCAUGAAGCCAUGUCAUCAGAUCAGUCCCAUAUUUACUGGUCUCUUUCAUCACCACUCAUGGGCAGACAGUGAAACAGGGGAACUUAUUAACGGAGGUAGAUUGUCAGCCGCACAGUUGAAGAUAUUCAUUCAGAUGUUGCGUCAAUCAUACAUCCAGAGGCCUACGAGAGCCUGCACCCCACCUCCAAGUCCACCUCCAUCACAGUCUGCAUCCGUGCCCCACCCUGAUCCAUGGUCACUUGACCCCAGCGACGAGCUGUUUGAAGAAGCGCCAUCCAUAGUCCCUGAAUAUGAUCCUUGGCGAGUAAAUCCUGAUGACGAGGGGGAGAAACAUUCUGAUAUCCCAGAUUCAUCCCCCAUACAAUUCCUCUGCAGUAGCAGAUUAAGCUCAUUGCUAGCUCGGUGCCAGUUGGUUUUAAGGGUUCUACCGGCGCCAUCUGGUACAUGGUACCAGAAUUAUUAUGAUCGCCUGGUUCGCACACGGGUUCCGGAUCCAUUCCUUCUGAUGAGUGGACCCAUUGCACAUGGAAAUGUUGCGGUUACAUACAUUUCAAGAACAAGGAACACUGGUCAGAAAGAAGAUGAAAUUCCAAUGUGCUACAUUAGCGCAGAGCCCCCAACAGGCAGCGGCAAGCGUUUUGUGGUGAUAUGUGGAGAUGAUAUGGGGACUGUCUAUAUUACCAAGGUUGCAAAGAGGAACGAAGCCAUAAUCACGAUGAAGGAAGGAAAAAAAUUUCCUCGUGCACAUACCUGCCUAUUGGGUGAUGGCACCAUGUAA